AAAACGGCUGAUUGAACGUAGGCUCGUUGUUGGUACAUCUGUAGGGCUCGGUGAAAACUCUUUGUGGUAUUUCAUUGCUUAAUCUGAUGAAAUGGAGGGAGUACAAAAAACGUUUCUUAAACAGAUCUACGAAAGACUUAUUCAAGGCGACCACAAUGACGUAAAGCUUGUUUUUCAAGGUGGUUCCUCGACAGGGAGUAAAAUAUGUCUGACAGCACUUUCGUCCUUCUUUGAAGUUAUGUUGUUGUCUGACAUGUUGGAGAAGAACACUGGAGUGGUCACGUUGCCGACAGUGUCUAAACAAACGUUUGACGAUGUUCUGAAAUUUCACUUUCUUGGUGAGGACAUCAUCAACGACAUCAACUGUUUUCUGCUGUUUGAUGUCGCUGAGAUGAUGCAGCUGGAUGACCUCAAAGGCGUAUGUCUCGAUUAUCUGAAUAAAAGUCUAACCACAGAAAACUGCAUUCAAAGGUGGAGAUCAUUAAAGAAAUUUGGCUUAGAAGAUCUUGCUACAAAAGCUGUUCAGCACAUAGUCAAGAACAUGGAGAAAUUUUCAGAGAAGGGAUCGAUCAUGGAUCUGACAAAAGAUGAAUAUCUCCAAGUGUUGUCUCAGGAUGCUUUGUCACAGAAAGAAGAGGACGUUCUUCGUUAUGUCCAGAUGUGGUCGAUGAAAAACAAUUCUUCAGUUGAAACUAUGGUCGAUAUGUUCGAACAAAUCAGAUUUGAGCACGUCAGCAUCGACUAUUUGAUUGAUAACGUUGAUUUUACAAGCUUUGUUAAGGAAUACGAUGUAUUACAACAAGUGGUCCAGAAGGGACUCAAAAGCCACCAUUACUACUAUAAGGAAGUGAACCUUUUCCUUGACAACAGAUUUUCAGGACAAAUGGUUGAUGCUGUGUUCAUCAUUAACGACUCUGAGGCUCCGACUGUCGCCUGUUUAACUGACAACAGUUGGUAUGAAUUAGAGGCAUCUGGUCAUUCGCCAGGUCAUGGUUUUCAGCUGCUAUUUUGGGAAAAUCAAUUUACAUUAGUGGGGGCUUGACAGCUAGAAAAUCAACAGCUGUAUAUAACGUAAUAGGAAAGAAAUGGGUUAGAGGUCCAGAGCUCAAGCAACAACGCUGUCAACACUGUAUGGCUGUCCAAGAUGACACACUGUACGUGAUUGGAGGAAUCAACAGUAACACUAUAGAACAGCUAGAGCUGGGACAAUAUGAGUGGCAGGUGGUUGGGAAUCUGAGAUGUAAACGACUAUGUCCAUGUGCUGAAUCUGUUGGAGAAAAUAUUCUGGUGAUGGGUGGAUUAUUGAAUACAAGUACAAAAGAUCUGAUGCAAUGCUUCAACACAAAAACACACGCUGUCUGCACACUCGACAUAAAUUUGAUCGGUGGGGUACCGAUUCGGUCAUAUUUGGACAUACCAAACCUGUAUUUAGUACACGGCGACGGUGCUGUUGACGUCAUUGAUUUCGCAGACUCAAACACACCAACAUUAACAGCUGAACGUGUUGCACAAUAUGAUAAAUUCGGAUUGCAUUUUGGAAUUGUAGUCCGAGGUGGCAGCAUCAUCGUUAUUUCCCAAAACGGUCUGGAGAAGCUCAACAUCAAGGAUGGUUCCAAAGAAUCCCUCAAUUUCGAUACUACACGGUCGCUUGAUAGCUUCUUUUGUACUGUACACAUGCGGAUACCACGCUUCUGUUUGCAGUAAAAUGACACUAAACACGAACCAAAAACCCCCGUUAUGUUCGGUUUGGUGUUCUGAUAUCAGUUAUACCUAAUAUUAGUAAUUGUACAUUGUUAGUAAUACUUGUUGUUGAUUUGUUUUAUGAAAAUUACUUUAUUUGUUU